AAAUAUUGAUACUUAUUCAUAUUUCUAGAGACAGGUGCGCUCUUUAUGAAGUUGGUGUCGCUUUUCUCUCUUAUUUUUUCUUCCAUCUUUCUCUGUUAUCAUAUUUUUGACGGUGAAUGUAUUCUACCAGGAAAGAUAAGUGUGGCACGCUCAAAUUUUGUAAUAUUUUUGCAUAAAUACAUAAAUAUUUAUAGUGUUUUUUUAGUAUAUACUUUCAUUCGAUUAUUUUUUUAAUAUCGUACAAAUUAUACAUGAUUAAAACGCGCUAUGGAAUCAUGGGGUGCUGACUGAUGUGUAGAUGAUGGUGUGGAGUUUGUAGUGGAAGAAGGAAGAAACACACGUUAUCGUUUGUGCGAGCUACAGUUACUAUAACCACUGUUGUGGGCCACCAGCGUGUGUUUUUAAUUUUCAUCAACUGACUGUCGCAACGACGUUAAUAACACGAAAAAUUGGUUUUUAUCACUUUUUAAACGUCCUUGAACACUUAUAUUCUAUUAUUCAGUCAUUCGACUUGGUUCUGUUCAUUAAUUGUUUUCUAUCUCCAAUUAACCUCUUUAUCUUAAAUUCUGGUGGGAUACGUACGACUGAAUUACUUUGUAAAAACGUACUACUCGAAUAAUCAUAUAACGGCAGAUAUAGACUGUCAAAAAUGGGACGGGUGAUUACCAACAACAUGCUUUUUCAUGUAUGUAUUGAUGAAACGUGAAAGUGUUUUCAUGAUAGCUACUGGACAAGCUGCGGUAGUCCGACAUCGAAAUGGCUCAGCAGCAGCAGCAGGUUCAGACUAAGUUAUUUACUUACUCAGUGAUUGAGCGAAAGGACGAAAUUGAAGAGAAAUAUGAACGAUGUUAUGUUUCACUUCAAAGCAUCACUAACAGUCUUAAUGAUCGAGAAUAUCAUGAUGCACUUACAAAUCACAUUAGUAAAGACAAAAGUCAAGAAGAAAUUGUUAGUCUUGGGCUGCUGACUGCUAUAUUAUUAGAACCUAAAAAUGCCGACAAGAUUUAUAGAGAUCUUACAUUAUUAUCACGUGAUGGUCUUCAAAGUGUUAUUGCUCAUUUGCAACAAUUUACAUUAGAAAAAUGGAGUCGACUUCUUGAUAAUCCAAGAAAACAACUUCUCUGGUUAGUUCGUGAAAUGGUGCGUAAUAAUAUAGCUGGAGUUGAUAAUUUAUGUUGGAAUUUAAUGAGAAAUGCUGCAGGUGGUGAUGUGUCUCCAUCUAAUGUAGCACUUAUAGAAUAUUUCUUAGAUCUAUACCAAGACCAUCGAAAAUGGUUAGAAAGAUUUCCAUGGUUAAUAGCGUCGGUUGUUUAUUCUUUUUUACGUUUCAUUGAAGAUCAUAGUAACCUGAUCCCCUUACGAAAUAAAGAAGUAGCUUUUACAAUAUCUCUUUUAAGAGAUCGGUUUACUGACUGUUUAGUUAUUGGUCGUGAUUUAGUGAGACUCCUGCAAAACGUCUCAAAAAUACCUGAAUUUGAGGCAUUAUGGAAAGAUUUAUUAUAUAAUCCUCAUUCCUUAAGUACUAGUUUAACAAAUGGUGUUAUUCAAAUUUUAGAAACUAGAACAUCUAGACGAUUUUUACAAUCUAGGUUAACUCCUGAUAUGGAGCGUAAGUUAGUUUUUUUUACUUCUUCUGUUCGUUUUGGUCAUCAUAAACGUUAUCAAGAAUGGUUUCAAAACAAGUAUUUAAAUACACCUGAAGCACAAUCCUUAAGAAGUGAUUUAAUUCGAUUCAUUGUUGGUCUUAUACAUCCAACUAAUGAACUAUUAUGUUCAGAUAUUAUUCCUCGAUGGGCAGUUAUUGGAUGGUUAAUUACGUCAUGUACAUCAAAUAUAGCUUUAGCCAAUGCUAAAAUGGCAUUAUUUUAUGAUUGGGUUUGCUAUGAUCCCAAGCAUGACAAUAUAAUGAAUAUAGAGCCUGCUAUUUUGGUAAUGCUUAACUCAUUAAGAAUUCAUCCUACUGUAACAGCAAGUUUAUUAGACUUCCUAUGCCGAAUUAUUCCUAAUUUCUAUCCUGCCCAAUCUGAGCGCAUACGCAAUGGUAUAUUUGUAUCUUUACGACAAAUUCUAGAUAAAAGAGUUUUACCAUCAUUAGUACCAUUGUUUACAAAUCCAAGACUUGAUGGUGAGUUAAGGGCAAUGAUUCAAAAUAAUUUCCGUGAAUUCUGUGAUCCACCUGCUGUUGAAGGUGCUGCGUUAAAAGAAGAUGAUAUGAAAGAUAAUAUAUGUAUAUCACUUAAGGAAGAAAUGUCUGGGUCUGAGAAUGAAGAUGUGACUUUUAGCGAUGAAGAGUCAGAAUCAAGUCCAAAAAAAUUAAUCAUGAUUGAAAAUAAUAGUUUACCUAUCAUAAAACCUUCAGCAAAAGUAAAACUGAAAGAUAAAAAUUCAUUACCAUUAGACUUAGAUAAAGAAGCUUUACAGACCUUGGGAAAAGAAUUAAGGCUCGAGACUGAAAACUUAUUCUUUGAAAAAGAUAAUGAAAGAAAAUGUGAAGCUAUGGAAAAAAUUGUGCAACUAAUUGUUCAAGAUGAUGAAAUAUAUCCCGAUAUUUUAGCUGCAUUAGGUUCAUGUCUUAGUUGCCUAUUAAAAAAUCAAAUUGAAGAAAAAAAUUUUCCUUCAAUAUGUAAUGAUGAUGCAUUAGAAGAUAGUAUUGGAAAACCAUUAUUUGUCAUGUUUCGUAGUCUUACCCAAUUUUCAGAAGAUGACUCUCGAAGGUUACAAUUACUAUCAGUUUUAGCUGAAAUGAGAACUCAUCAAACACGUAUUGGUUAUUUAUUACUUUACUACCUACAAGUUAUUAGCACAAUAAAUAUAAACUCUGAUAGAAAAACUAAUAAAUGUAUUAAAACAAAUGUUUACAAAGAAUUUUGUGAGACACAAGAAAUUGAAUUAAAUGAAUGCCUUUUGAGUGAUCUUCAAUUGUGUCAAGAUGAUGAUUUCUCAAUGUUUUGUUGGCUUGUUCCUGCUGUAUUUAACAACUUCUCUAAAAUAACGAUAGGAAAUGAGGAAUUUUUACAUUUAGUGGUAUCUACAGUUGACGGCGCACAAAUUCAAGAAAUUAUUUGUUUGAUUUUACAAGGGAAAUUAACUAUGUUGAGAGCUGAAUCAAUACCAUCAUUAAUUAACUGCUCAUUAAAUUGGGAAACCAUAGAACAGUAUUUUUUCUGGCAGCUAAUAUCUGCACACGAUAUAGAUAUUAAAGUGAUAUUAACUAAUAUCACUAAAUUAGAUUUUAACAAUCAUUCUGAAGCUUUGACUAGCAUUUUACUCAUUCUAAAAAGAGAAAAGCCAACUCUAGAUAUAUUGAAACCUGUGCUAUGCAGGGAAAUAAAACCUUUGAAUGACCAAUUUGUUGUAUCUGUGAUAUCUAGUUGGUAUUUAGAACAUGGUGAAGUUGUGGCUAAUUUAGUGUCUGAAUUGUUAAUUAGCCGAUGUCCAAUUGUAUCACCAACUAAACGAAAACGUGGUCAAGGGCAAGGCUUGGGUUCCAGAGGAGGUGUAUCUCCACCAACUGCUGAGCGUAUUUUAGGACAUAUGGAGCGUAUUCGCAGCCAAGGUACAUGUCCAGUUUUAUUUCGUGCUGAAGGUAUGCAAAAAGCUUUGCAAAUAGCCCAAGCUGCUUGCACAGAUACUCAGCGUAUGCUCUUUAGCAAUUUAUUCCAGCUACUCGAAGAAGAUGAACCUCAUGUUCCUUCAACAAUCAAUAAAAAUUCCACUAGUGGUGUUGGAGUAAAAGGUAGAGGUCGAAAAGCUGCUCCAACAUUUGGUAAUAGUACUAAGCGAAAUGCUAAAUCAGCUUUAAAAGACCGAUUAUCAGAAAGCUCUGAAGAUACAAGUGAAGAGGAAGAAGUUAUAAAGCCACGUCAAACUAAAAAACGACGGAAAAUAAAUACAGUUGCUUCUGACAGUGAUUGAUGUAUGCUAAUCAAUGGAAGAUUAUUUUAAUUGUGACUCUUUAAGUUAUACUAAUUUGUACAGAUAUUAUUGUUGCCCAACAAAUUCCCCCCUUUUUCUCCCUUUAGUGUAAAAUUGUUAUAAAAAUAAAAAAACAAAUGAUAGGUGAAAUUUUUUAAUGUUACUAGAUUAACAUGUUGCUAUGGUGUAGUUCAUUAUUUUUUAUUGUUUGUAAUAUGACUGUCUUUGUACAUACUAAUAUUUUCAUUAUAAAUAUAAGUAAUUUAAUUUUUACAAUGAGUACAAUCCAUUUUAUUAGUAUGUAUCCUAAUGUUCAGGGACAUCAUUUAGGAUUAUGCUAGACAAGCAAGCUUUUGACUAACCCAACAUUUUUAUUUUUAUUUUUUAGAAUUUCAACAUAUAUUAAAUUUAUAUUUUUAA